GAUCGGCCCCAUUUCAUACUUCCACGACAGCAAUCAUGAAGGGCCACUCGCACGCGUGUCUUCACUAGCACUACUCCUCCUUUUCUUUCUACAUCCAUCAUGUCUGCUUUACCUGACUACUAUGCCUUCCUCAAUAUCUCGAUCAAGGCAACGACAGAAGAAAUUAGACAGGCGUACAGGAAGGAAUCUUUAAAGACACACCCAGAUCGUCUUGUAAAUGCUACUCCAGUAGAGAAGAAAGCUGCUACCGAAAGGUUCCAGGCCGUAGCGGAUGCUUACUACGUCCUCUCAGAUCCUGUGAGGCGAAAGGAGUACGACAACUUGUAUGGAGCUCGGAAAGAAAAAGCAGCCGAUCCUAAUGCUUCUGCGAACUUCUUCUCGACAUUCGCCAACAUGUUUGGCGCAAGUUCAUCGGAAACCAAAGGUGCCACACCGGUUGGUAGGCCGGACGCGGAUAACGUCUUUGCCGAUGCUUUCGAAGAGCUUUUACGUCCAGAAGUUGAACGUCAUGCACCAUGGUGGGCUUGGACUGGUGCUGUUUGUGGCGGAGGAAUAGGCUUCAUUGUUGCCAAUGUCCCUGGUCUUAUGGUUGGGGCUUUCGCGGGCAAUCGUCUGGGUGCAAUACGAGAUGCGAAGGGAAAGAGUGUUGCUGCUGUGUUCUCCGAACUCGGCGGUAGCCAGAGGGCAGAGAUUCUUCGUGCUCUUGCUGCGAAAGUGCUCGGUACAGCUGCAAGUGCCAUGUAAUUUUAACCAGGUCGUGGGUCUCAUGCGUAUUUUUUUUGUUUUACGGUCUUGGAGUGUUUUCAUUGUAGAUUACUAUGUAGUAUUACCGUAGAUACACGUUGGAUCCCUUAUUCUAUCGGAUGAAUGUACUUUCAAAUU